CUCAAAACAAACCUAAACAACAAGACAAGUGUGAAAUUAAAAAAUAAUAAGCACCAAUACGAACUCGCCACGUACAUACAGUUGAGCAGAGUUGCUCUCUUUCGGUCUCGAUUUCUCAAUUCUCACUAUACAAUACCGACCAUUUAAGAGCAGGCAAAACUAAUCUGUAUGAUCGAUCUUGUGCUGAAGAUAUCGAAAAGAUGUCAUCUUUGGGUAGGAUUUUGUCUGUUUCCUACCCACCGGAUCCGUACACUUGGCGGUUUUCACAGUAUAAGCUGUCUUCUUCACUAGGGCGAAAUCGGAGACUCAGAUGGCGAUUCACGGCGUUGGAUCCUGAAUCUUCCUCACUCGACUCUGAAUCCUCCGCCGAUAAAUUCGCUUCCGGGUUUUGUAUAAUAGAAGGGCCUGAAACAGUACAGGACUUUGCCAAAAUGCAAUUACAAGAGAUUCAAGAUAACAUUCGAAGCCGACGAAACAAGAUCUUCUUGCACAUGGAAGAGGUGCGGAGGCUAAGAAUACAACAACGGAUUAAAAACACAGAACUUGGUAUCAUUAACGAAGAACAAGAACAUGAAUUACCUAAUUUCCCAUCUUUUAUCCCAUUCUUACCUCCAUUGACUGCUGCCAAUUUGAAAGUCUAUUACGCAACUUGUUUCUCACUCAUCGCGGGGAUUAUCCUAUUCGGUGGUCUACUAGCUCCUACUCUAGAGCUGAAGUUAGGUAUAGGAGGUACAUCGUAUGCAGAUUUCAUUCAAAGCCUUCAUCUACCUAUGCAAUUGAGUCAAGUGGACCCGAUAGUAGCGUCGUUUUCUGGAGGAGCGGUUGGUGUGAUUUCGGCUUUGAUGGUAGUAGAAGUUAACAACGUAAAGCAGCAAGAGCACAAGAGAUGCAAAUACUGUCUAGGAACUGGGUAUCUAGCAUGUGCUCGUUGCUCUAGCACAGGUGCUCUUGUUUUAACUGAACCAGUCUCAGCUAUUGCUGGUGGGAAUCAUUCUCUAUCACCGCCCAAAACCGAAAGAUGUUCAAACUGUUCAGGUGCCGGAAAGGUGAUGUGCCCGACAUGUCUGUGCACAGGAAUGGCUAUGGCCAGUGAGCAUGAUCCUCGUAUCGACCCUUUCGAUUGAAUUUUGCAACACAUUCUACUUCCUUAGAAUCUCAUUCUGUCAGUGUAACUAAAAAUGGUAUGUACUGAUUAAAUAAUUAGAACCGCAUACUUUGAUCUGUAUAUACACACAAUUAAAGUUAUAAUACAAUGUUAGACAUGUCUUCUCUAAACAACCAACAACUCGAAACCGGCAUGUUGUGUACGUCUUGUGAGUUGUGACAGAAAAACGGCAUGUAAUGUUUGAUUUCUCCACUAAGCAAAAAAGCUUUUUUCAUGUUAACAUAUUGUUUUCCUUCAUGUUACAUUAUGUUUUUGUUUCUGAGCUCUAAAACGUUUUCAGUUCCAAUGAGAAGAAAAAAGGAUGGAAUAAGGUGUGUGUGUGUGGCUCAAGGUUCCCAGCCACUCAAGAGAGUGGCGCGAGUGGCUCAUUUAACACCAUGAGUGAAAGCUCCCAUACGGAGGGUGCAGGAAUGAGAAUGGUGAAACUUGAUGUUGUGAAAGGCACGAGCCAUGUACUUACUGAAGCUGCGUUUUGCGUAUAUGUUUGGAAGAAUCACCAGUACUUUCUUCACCAGAAUCUGCACGUAGACCCUAGAACAAGGGAACUUUAGAAACCAAACUCUUUGGGUAACAUAGCUUCAGUGGCGCAAACGAAGGAUCAAUUCAUGCAGAAUUAGUGUAUGUCAAGAACUCUGUUUCUUCAGACCAAUGAAUGAGCUUACAUGCUCUGUUUCUUGAGAGCUAGGGAAUAUAAGAAACCUUAAGAUUCAUAAACUUCAAUCUCUUCAACAUUAUACCACGGCGACAUCCCUGAGUUCGUAUCUCAACUUACUGAUCACGAAAUCACCAAGCUUUAGCACAAGAUUGAUGAAUGAAUUGGGAAACAGAGCAUUUUUGACACUUUUAAAAAACAAAAAAAAGUUUGCUAUUUCAGAUUUUAAUGUGAGAAUUGGAGCAUUUUUUGAAAAUUUGGUAUAAGCCUUUUUAAAUAUUUUCCUUCUUUUUUCUUGAAGAUCAAAGCUAAGUAGAGAUUUGCUAACACAUUUGUAAACCAGGUACUCUUAUUUCUUGUAAAAGCAAAAC